AUGUUUGAGGAUAAAUACUUAGAAACUUUAUAAUAGCAACUACUUCUGAGUAAAGUUGUGCCAAUCAUUUUAUCUCCAAAAAAUAUAUUGAAAUCACUUUUAGCUGCAGAGAACAUGUUAGAUUAAGAACAUCUCUAUUAAUCGAUUUGUAAAAAGUAAGAACUUAUUAUAAAUAAUUUGAAUGAAGAAAAUGCAGAUGUGAUCUUAUGCAUUUGCAAAUUCAUAAAGAUAGAAUUCGAUAAAUAAAAGGAAGGUCGAAGAGAUGAGAUAAAAUAAGGUGUUCUAAAAUAAAUAGAGAUAGAAUGUAUAAAUUGGCCUUAAUAUAAAAAUCCUAGAUGGCCUGAGUAUUUGGAAUAUUUUAACGGUAUAAGUAUAAAAUUGAUUAAUCACACUUAUAUGUUGAUAGAACAGAUAUUGAUUGAUUUAACAACUAAGUAGUUUAUUUGUGAAGAAUUCCAUUAAUAUAUGACUGAUAAAUUAGAACAUUGUAUGGUUGUAUUAUCAAUGGAAAUGAGUGAUUUUGCUAGAGUUAUCAAUAAUGAAAUAUUUUAUUUAGAAUUAAAGAAAUAUUUUAACACCAUAAUCUAAAAUGUUCAUUUAUAUAUUAAUCGAACAUCUUUAUUCUGUAAUACUCAAAUGGAAUAUUUAAAUGAAACUUUAACAAAAUAUCAUACAUUAGCUAACAUAAGAACAUAUUAAAUAUUACAAAUUGAAACUUCUUAAUAUAUUAUAGAUUAAUGUCAUUAAUCUUUAAAUGAAAUGAAAUUCCAUAGGGUAGAAUUUGAGAUAUUCGAUAAAGAUUUAGUGAAACAAAUCAUAAGAUAUUUUUAUGAAUACAGUCCAUUAAGUUUAGGAUUAUAUGAAUUAUCUACAUUAACAAAAUCUUUUUAGGAUGCUAUAUAGAUGUAUUACAUAUUAGAUGAUCAAUAUUUUUUAACAGCAGAUUUAGAUACUAAAUUAUUUGCUUAAGAUGAGGAAUGCAUAAAAUAUAAGAUAUGGUUAGAUGAGAAGAGAAAAAAAUAAUCUUAAUUAGGGAAUUAACCAGUUAUAAAAGGUUCAGUUGGUGCAGGUUUGGGUUGUUUAAUUGUUGAUAGUGUAGAUCCUAAGAUUCCAUGGGAUGAGAAAUUAAAAAGAGCUGGUAUAAGUUCUAUAGCAACAGGUUUAGUAGGAGCAGCUAUGAGAAUACCUGUAGUUGGAGUAAUUUUAUCAUAAGCUCUAUUAUUCUAUGCAAUUAGAAUUUAAGCUAAUAAUAAAGUUGUAGAUAAAGGUGAAAAGAUUAAAAAUAUUGCGCAUCUAGGAUUUUAAAGUUCUUUUGGAAUUGGAACUGUUAUAGCUGGUUAAAUAUUGAUACCUAUUCCAGUCUUAGGUGCUCUUAUUGGAGGAACUGUUGGAGGAGUUUUUAUGGGUUUAUAUACUAAAUUUAUUAUUCCUAAAACUAAACCAUCUAUUAAAUUAAUGAUCAAUGAUUUAAUGACUAGAUAAUAUGCUGAUGGAUUAUUUUAAUAUGAGGAUUAAGUUUUAAAAAUUAUGAAAAUCAAUCAAUAACAUUAUUUUGGUCUAAAACCAGAUCAUUUGAAUGAGUGUUAAUGGCUCACUAUUCUAAUGGUCUAUAUGGUUAAUGAAAUUCAUUAUUUAUCAAAUGUUUAGGGAUUAGAAAAAAUCAAUGAAUUAUAAUAAUAAAUUGAAAAGAAACCUAAAGAUGAAACUAAAUUAAUUAAAUAAAUUAAAGAGGUUGAAACUGAACUUGAAUAAUAAGAAAUUAUUAAUGUAAAAAUGGAAAGAUCUAGAUAUUAUAUCCAAGAAUAAGAAAUAAAUACAUUAUAAAUAGUAGAUAAAAUUGGAGAAUUUAUUAAUGGUAUGAUUGCAAAUUUUAGAUUAUGA